AUGGAGACGAGCCCGUCGCGGUGGCAUCCGUGCUGGGCAGAUAAGUGGCUGAAGGUGCCGGAUGGGGGUUUUUGCCAGGUGCCCUGGAACGGGGUCGUGGUGGCGCAGGUGAUGAUCCUUUGGUUUGCGUCGUUCCUGCUGGUCGGGCACGUUGGGUUGCCAUCCGCUGUGCGAUGGCUAGGUUUCAACUGUCAGGAGUUAUCCGCGCGGGGGCUCGCGCUGUACAGCCUCAGCGCUGACGUCGUGGAGAUGUUCGUCGGUCUGUUCGUGCUGUUUCAGUGUCUUCGGCCGUACUUCCCUCUGCCGGAGCGUUGGUUCCCGGCGUCCCUCCGGGGCGGAUGGAUUAAGGAGAUUCUGUUGGGAUGCGCACUAUUCCCGAUCGUGAGCACGCUGAACAACUUGAACAGCAACAUGAUGCCGAUCCCGAGCAACACCCUGCCGGUGUCGCCUUGGGAGCAGUCGCUGAUGUCAAACGAUCUGGUUUCCAUCCUGUUCUACGUCGCGGUGGUAUCUCUGGUUGCGCCCAUCUGGGAGGAGAUGAUCUUCAGAGGAUUCCUGCUGCCGUCCAUCACCAGGUAUUUCCGGGUCGACGUCGCGGUUCUGCUGAGCUCGUUGAUAUUCGCGCUGGCGCAUUUCAGCAUGGAGCGUCUCAUCCCCCUCACCUUUCUCGGGAUGCUCAUGUGCGUGGUGUACAUCCGCUCAAGGAACAUUCUCGCGCCGAUCAUCCUGCACAGCCUGUGGAACGCGUUCGCCUUCGUCGAGCUCAUUUGGAAGCCGGGCGCGUUGUUCACGUGGCUCUUAGAUUUUGUUCUCUAG